AUAAAUUGUAUAAUUUAUUAAAACGACAGCUAAAACAAAAUGAAUCAAAUUUAAUAGAAUUUUGUUAAAAAUAAUAAAACUUUAUUGAUAUUUAAUUGUCUAAAUGCAGUUAUAGCUUUAGCAGGCUGUAUACUUGCAAUUGUUUCGUCAAAACAUAUAUCAGAUUUACAGAUUUAAACAGGCAUACAAACUGCUAUUAUAAUCUUAAGUUCUCUGAUAAUUGUAGUAGCUUUAAUCAAUUCUUUAAUAUGGUUUUAUACCAGAAAUUAAAGAUGGUAAAGAAUAGCUAUAAUUAUAUUGCUGAUGAUAUCUAUAGGUGGUAUUGGAGGAAUAAUAGUAGGAAAUCUUAUUAUUACUAAUAUGCAACAGUUUUGUGGAUAUUAUAUUCAGCAUAAUUAUCCAUAUGAUGGUUAUGAUAUAAAGACAAAUUUAGAUGACGCUAUUUCUAGUUGCUCAAAAUUAGAAAUUACUGGCUAUUCAACUGAGGAAGUAGUUAAGUAAUUAAGUAUAAUAUAUAUAAUAAAAUCUUGUAAAACUUAUGAUUUUGGAACUGGAGCUAAUUGCUUAUCUCUUGAUUCUUUAGUAGUUGAGAAUUGGAGCAGCUUAUAUACAAACUAAAUAGUAAGUUUAGCUCUUUUAGGCGUGUAUUAUCUGGCUAACAUUGUCUUUACAGCAUUAAUUCACAAAAAAUUAAAAGAAAUUACAAAUUAAAAUGGGUUUUUACAAAAUAAUUAUUGAGAUAAAUUAAAAUUUAAUGUGUACAAAUUUUUUUGUUUUUAUAUUAUAAAUUGCCAAGCUUUUUUCAUUUUAAUCACAAUUAGAAAGAGU